AGCCCAGCCAAAAUCCCACCCUCGUAGUCCAAAGUCGACCAAUACCGCUACCGCUCUCACAAACUUAACUUCUUACAGUCGUCAAGCCCUCAGGGAUCGCAGAAUCUUCCACUUUUUCCCACACUGUGUACUUUCUACUUGUACACCUUCAUUCCCACUCCAAUAAUCCUUGGAUGAUAAUUCACACCUGCAUUCACAAUCAUACUUCAUCAUCUUGCAUUGCUUCCUUUGCGUUGUUGAAUCUAUUAAUCUGGGGUUAAUCGAAAUUGAUUUUGGCGUGCGCAUCUUGCAUCGGUACUGUCACAGUUAUUUUCGCGGGUAACUACUACAAUCGGUCUCUUUCGAUAACCUUUCUUCCGUGUCCCGUCGCGAAUAGACCAAAGCUUCUUCACAUAACUACUACGACUGUACACUCCUUCCUUCAGCCAACGCGCAACAUCUGCAUCAAGAAGGUAUCAAUCGUAUCAAGUGUUUUUCAUGUAGGACUCCUUGUCCCUAUUAUCUUUUUGAUCCGAAUCAAAGAUCGACAAAAUGUUUGCUAAUCGCGUAGCCACGAAACAGAAUUACAGUUCAUACGAAAUCUUCUUCACGAAGUAUUUAUCACCUUUUAGAUUUACCCAAUCUAAUAGUCUAUUCAAUACUCCCAUAUCGCCAUCCUCUCGAGCCAGUUACCAUUGAGCCCGUUACUAUCGAGCCCGUUACUAUCGCGAUGCCUGCUUCGCGACACUUACCCCCAAAGGUCAAUCCUUUGAUGACCUCGGAGAUCCCAUCUUGUAAGAUGAUGCGCCAGUCGCAUUGACGGUUUGAGGACCAAAACUAACAACCGUCGCAGAUGAAACUUUAGUUGCUAGAAGAAGAUUGGGGCAGACGGAUCUUGCUGUAAAGACAGGCCAGCUCAAUACUUCGAACUCUACGCGGCCAAAGAACUUGGGCACCUUCGACUACGCGCAUUUGCGUGCUCCGUUGCCUAGAGGAAUCAACAGUGGUAUCUUUAAAGCUUCGCCCGCCUCGUACUUUCUUAUGCGCCGUAGCAGCGAUGGCUAUAUCAGCGCGACCGGAAUGUUUAAAGCCACAUUCCCAUACGCGGAGGCCGCGGAAGAGGAAAUGGAGCGUCGUUAUAUCAAGAGCCUUCCAACAACCUCUGUAGAUGAGACUGCAGGGAAUGUUUGGAUCCCACCUCACCAUGCGCUGGAGCUUGCAGAAGAAUACCAAAUUUUGCCCUGGAUCAAGGCUCUCCUUGACAACGCGCCCAUUGAAGUUAACCCAACUAAAGACCAGACACCUAAAUCAAUUGCCCCACCUCCAAAGUUUGACUUUAGAGAUCUCGCUGCAAUUCCCGCACCAAGGUUACUAUUAGAAGAGGCACCUCAAAUCGCCCCUCCCGAAACCCUUGCCGCACCGACUACAAAAAGUGGCCGUCCUCGUCGAUCCGCAUCACCAAGCAAAUAUGCAUCUACAUCUCCUCGUAAGAUUGCAAGAGUACGCAAACCAAGCGCUAGGCUAGCAAGUUUGGAGCCUACCGGGGCUGCCAACAACGUACUCGAACAAGUUGAGGAAAACGGAGUUGUUGAGGCCGAGAAGCAGAAGGUAGAGACGACAGAAUCCGCGGAAUCCGCAGAAUCAACAGCUUCUGAGCCUGUGAAGGAGUCAGAGAAGGAAGAAUCAAGCGAAGAGGUCUCGGAGCCAAAAGUCACAGUCAAGGUUGACACUGAUGUUGAGGUUAAUGGUAAUGUUGAGACGACCCACACUCAUGUUCAGGUGGAGAUGCCAGCUGGUUCGCCAGAUCUCCCCCUCCCAGAGGAUACCGAAGCUAUGAUUGCUAAGGCGAAAGAAAUGGUGGAGGCUGCCAUCAAGCAUGACGCAGCUAUACCCAGUCGCUCGAAGCAAGUGAAGAGAAAAGCUGAAGCGUUUGAGGCAGACGUGGAUGACGAAGAAGAGCCUUCAGAAGCUCCAGCUAAGAAGGUCAAGGUAGCGGCCGAUUUGAGAAAGGAAAGGGUGAAGACUCGGGCAUUGAUUGGAUUGAGUGCUACUUUGGCAAUUGGGUAAGUUUCAUCAGUAUCUCAUUAAAUUUUAAAUUUUAAAUUUUUUUCGGAUAUAGUACUGAUAAAAAACCGCAGUGCAAUAAUUCCAUAUGUGUUUGGCGCUUUUUAAAGUGAUCACGCUGGGCAUGGGUUGGUUGUAUAUUGUUAUGUUUUCUAUUUCAUCUAUUGUUUAUUAGUCUAGGGGCGUUUCAUGACAGAGAGAAUGGCUUUUCGGAUGACCUUGAAGAUCGGUGGACUUGCUGGAUAUACUACGCAGAGAAAGGAAUAUUUUUCGAAGUAGAUACUACAUACAGCACUAAAAGCCACCACGAUUUUGAGGAAAGCGCGGUGUCGUUCUUCCUCGCACAAUCAUAGUGUUCAGAUAGGCAAAUCAAAUUAAUUUGACCACGAAUUAUCUAU